GCACCUGAAGGAGAGACGGCUUCUCCAAUAAUUAGCAGCACAGUGACUGCCUAAAGAUGCAGUUAGCUCUCAGUAAAACGUUUGGCCAGAAGCCGGUAAAAUUUCAGCUUGAACAAGAUGGAGACUUUUACAUGGUGGGGUCGGAGGUUGGAAACUAUCUGCGGAUGUUCAGAGGCUCGCUCUAUAAAAGAUAUCCAUCUUUGUGGAGGAGGCUGGCCUCAGUGGAGGAGAGGAAGAAAAUCGUAGCAUCGUCACAUGCCACCAGUGUUACUUUGCUGAAGGCUUCCGAGUGUGAAGAGAUCUUCGAUGGGAAUGAUGAGAAAUACAAGGCGGUGUCCAUCAGCACCGAGCCCCCCGCUUACCUCAGGGAGCAAAAAGCAAAGAGGAGCAGUCAGUGGGUUCCAACGCUGCCCAAUAGUUCUCACCAUCUAGAUGCUGUGCCUUGCUCCACCACCAUCAACCGCAACCGGAUGGGCCGUGACAAGAAGAGGACCUUCCCUCUUUGCUUUGAUGACCAUGACCCUGCAGUGAUCCAUGAGAACGCAGCCCAGAUAGAGGCACUGGUCCCUGUUCGUCUAGACAUGGAGAUCGAUGGACAGAAACUACGAGAUACCUUCACAUGGAACAUGAAUGAAAAACUUAUGACCCCGGAGAUGUUUGCAGAGAUUUUGUGUGAUGACCUGGACUUGAAUCCUCUGGCUUUCGUCCCAGCCAUCGCCUCAGCUAUUCGUCAGCAGAUUGAGUCUUACCCCACCGACAGCCUAUUAGAAGAGCAGGCGGACCAGAGAGUCAUCAUCAAGCUGAACAUCCACGUAGGGAACAUCUCUCUGGUGGACCAGUUUGAGUGGGACAUGUCAGAGCGGGAGAACUCUCCAGAGUCAUUUGCAUUGAAGCUGUGCUCUGAGCUGGGUCUGGGCGGAGAGUUUGUCACCACUAUUGCCUACAGCAUCCGUGGUCAGCUCAGCUGGCACCAGAGGACCUACGCCUUCAGUGAGAACCCACUCCCCACAGUAGAGAUUGCCAUACGCAACACGGGCGAUGCAGACCAGUGGUGCCCCCUGCUGGAGACGCUCACAGACGCUGAAAUGGAGAAGAAGAUCCGAGACCAAGACAGAAACACAAGGCGCAUGAGACGACUGGCCAACACUGCCCCCUCCUGGUAGGACAUGUGACGCUGCAUCGGGAGGCUCCUGUUACUCAUUAAAACAACCAAGGGCGCAAGUCAUCCUUAAAGCAUCAGCGUAGCAUCUGGACGAAUGUGAACAUGGACAUGUGGUCGGUCCUGUGGCAGCCUGUGACCAAGGACACUUCAGCACACACAGACUAUCACCAUCACAUCACUGCUCAUGGCAGCAGCAUACUGCUAACAGGUGUUUACUCUAAAGGAACUGAAUCAGAUGUCUGACACACACUCACACACUCUCACACACACACGAUCACAUUAGGUCAAAGUACAUGGCAUUGAGUUUAAUCUAUCUAUAUGAAUGGUUAGUGAAAUGGCAGCCUGAUCUGAACAGCUUUGUGUAAUAUCACCGAGGCAGGUGGAACAACAGGGAACAUCAUCAUCUGCUGACAUGCCACAGUUAUCAGUCUCAUUUAGAUCCCAGCGUUACACUUUACAGGAGAACUGAGAGUAUUGGUAAGAAAAGGACAAGCCCAGUGUAGCUAACAUUAACUGAUGAGAUGCAGUAAAAGUAUCUGUUUUUCCCUAUUUAACAAGGCGUGUCAGCAUUUUAGUCACAUGGCCACCAGUUGGGUUUCUGAGACAGGAUGUACUUUAUAAGUGAAAAAAAAGUCAAUCCAUUAGUCGCUCAGCAGAAGGAUCUUAACUGUUUUCUGAACUGAUUCCAAGGGGAAAAGCAUCAGGCAUCAGCUCUGGUGACAUCCCUAAUACCCAAUUCACUGUCAUAAUGCACCUCAGUAUUUUUCUGUGCAUCGGAGGAAUGGCCAAACAUUUUGAGAGGGAGCAGCAAGUAAACCGUGACUUCUGGGGGGUGCAGAAGUCCAGUUUGAAGGGACAUGCUGGUCUUCUGCAUUCAUCUUUGUACAAACAAGCUUUUUAUGUUCCACAACAGCAGACGUGGACCAUAAAAAGGCUGUAUGUGUGGAGAAUGACCCAAAGAGCUGACAUAUUAAAGGUCGGAGGUCAACACACUUAUUUUGAAAGAAAAAAAACAAAGUGCAGCAAGGGUUUUAACAGAUCUUAGUGAUCAGCUGCUUCCCUGUGCUGUGGCUCAGUGAGCGUCCCUUCAUCCUCAGAUCUGUAAAGCGCUCUCAGUGAAUCGGAGUUGAUUUGAUUUUAGCCUGUAGAUUCUGUUCUGAUUGUAGUUUUGUGCACUAGUGGCCAUCUGCAUGCUGAAACCUAGUUAGAUCAUACUGUUCCCUGUGCAUGAGGGACUGACUGUUACUUCUUGCACAGUGCCUCACAUUGUAUUAGUGUCAGUGCACUGCAGCCUCCUUUUUGGCUAGCAUGGGGGGGCGGCAGGGAGGGGGGUGAAAACAAGCUGAGAAUAAUCACUUAUGUCCUUUAAAGUGAUGAUUUUCAACUUAAUAUCCUCUGAAGAAAGAUGUUAACAUGUACUGUUGCUUCUCUCAUUUUUUGUAUAAUUGUUUUACUUUUUAUAGUGUACUUGUUUUGUUUUUUGGGGGUUUUUUUGUAUGAAAAAUAAUAAAGAAGGCCU